AUGAGAGCCUUAUAUGUUGUACAAAGUGGCGCGGUAGCAUUGUAUACGCUUCUUGCAGCCGUAGCAGUAUCUGCCUCUGGCGUCAACUCCGGCUUUGUUAACCCGGAUGUCGUUUACCGUCCCAAAUUCCGCUAUUGGCUACCUGAUGCAAGUGUCUCUGCCGACGUCGUCCAAGAGGAUAUCGCCCGUAUCGCUGAAGCUGGGGGCGGUGGCAUCGAACUGUUGCCCUUCUACUUGUAUGGCCUUCCGACAGCACAGGGCAUGAACGCUACACCGCCCUCAGACUGGAAUGUAUAUGGGUUCGGCACUCCGGCUUUCAACGACCUGUUCCAGGCUGCUCUGAAUGGCUCGAAGGAAAGUAAGGUCCGUAUGGACUUCGCGGUAGGCGCAAACCAAGGACAGGGUGUCCCUGCGGUUCCAGGAACACCGGGGCUGGCCGUCCAACUAGUAAUUCCGCCGCCAGCCGAAUUGUCAUCCGUGCUGCAAUCGGGCUUGACAUUUAUGCACCCUCUAGAGGAUUUCGGCACGCCUAACCUGACUGCUGUCAUUGCGUACCAAGUGCUUAAUGACUCUUCAAGCGGCGGUUCCAAGAUUGUAGCACUGGACCCACUGUCGUUUGUUGACCUGUCUGCCAAAGUGAAGGACGGUCUACUAGACUGGACAGCACCGUUGGGCAAUUCAACUUGGCGUGUCUUCAGCUUCUGGGUCAAGCAUACCAACCAACGCAGCUGCACAGGUGGUCGCGAUGCGACCACUGUUAUUGGUAAUGGUUCUUGGACUGUUGACCAUUUUGAUGCCAUAGGAGCGCGAUUGAUCACCGAUUUCUGGGAUCAGCAUAUUUUGAGUGACGAACAAACCUUGACUUUUCUGCAAGAUGUGGGGCAGUAUGGUACGGUGAGCUCCUUUGUUCUUCAUAAGAACGCCACUGAUGACUUUGUAGCGUGGGAGGACAGCAUGGAGAUGCUCUCAUCGUUAUACUGGACGCCGAGUCUAUUGAGCAGGUUUGAGCAGGACCGUGGGUACAGCGCUCUUUCAUGUCUGCCAGCUCUUUUCAAGCCACAGAAUAACUGGAAUGCGAUUGUGCCCUCGUACAAUGAGAUGUACACACUUGGUGAUCAGAAGGACAGUGCGUGUAAUGCGGAUUAUCGUCGGACACUGAAUGCCGGAUAUCAGGACUAUAUUGCCCAUUUCAGUCAGUGGGCGAACAGAGUUGGGAUCCAGUAUUCGAAUCAGCCCGCGUAUAAUCUGCCACUUGAAAUGUUGGGUGAUAUCUCUCUCUCCGAUGCGCCGGAAUGUGAGUCGCUAGGCUUCAGUGAUAACGUCGAUGCAUACCGCCAAUUCAGUGGGCCCGCUCAUAUCAGUAAUCGCAACGUCAUCUCAAAUGAAAUGGGGGCAGUGAAUAAGCCGGCCUAUAUGCUCACAAUACCAGAGCUUCUAUAUUCCAUCAAACGAGCCUGGUCCGGGGGUGUCAACAUGGUCGUCCUGCACGGGUACACCUAUUCUGGCAAUUAUCCCAAUACGACAUGGCCUGGAUAUACGACCUUCGGCUAUAGGUUCACCGAGAUGUGGAAUCAAAUCCAACCUGCUUGGAUUCAUAUGAAGGACUACCUGGAUUAUAUCUCGCGGAAUCAAUUUGUAUUGCAGCAGGGCCGUCCACAGAUCGAUUUGGCGCUGUAUCUGUACGAGACCCCGUGGAGCGCCGUAGACCUGCUUCAUUCGAGCAAUAUAACCGCUGCUGGCUACACUCACGAUUACGUUGCGCCCGAUAACCUCGUUCCACCGCAGGUUACUGUUCGAGCAAAAGUCCUUGCUCCAGACGGUCCAAGCUAUAAGGCCCUGAUUUUUGCCUCGCCCAAAUUCAACAUAACUACUUUCAAUCUUAUUCGGGAAGAUGUGGCGGCACGAGUGGUAGAGUUUGCUCGAAAGGGACUACCCGUGGUAUUUGUUGGUGGCCUACCGCAGGUGACAUCAAAUACUCAGGCUGGUCAAAUUGUGGAGGACGGGUGGCGUAAGAUACGAAACUUGCCAUCCGUCCAGUUUAUCUCCUCGCUUGCAGAUCUCCCUAGUGCCCUGAGUAAGGCAGGAGUCACGCCAAAUGUUUUGCCAAGCUGUACUACUGGUACGCUGCGCGUGAUGAAGCGGUCCAGACCCGAAGACGAGGUAGAUUAUGUCUUUCUGUAUAACGAUCAACUCGCCUCCACCUCAUGCCAAAUCAGCAUCCAAGACCAUGGAGCGAGAACACCGCACCUUCUCAAUGCUUGGACUGGGGAGAAAAAGAUGAUCGGCUCAUUUGAGAGAAGGUCGGCAGUGAUCACGGUUUCUCUACAGUUCGCGCCAAAUGAGACGAGCAUUCUAAGUCUCGAGAAGAGCGGCAGUAGUGGUCCUACAGACUUGAUCAUGCUUGCAAGCAGCAGUACAUCAAGUCGAUACGGCAUAGCUAACCUGACACGUUGGGACCUGUCGAUCGAAGACUUUCACGCUCCACGCCGCCGCUCUCAAGUCCAAACAGCCAUCACAUCGCACAACUUCUCCAACAUCGCCCUCAGACCAUGGAGCGCUAUCUCUCCUGCAUUGGUCAACGUGGGAGGCAUUGGUCGAUAUUCGACGAGCUUCACUGUACCGAACGUCCCUCGCAUACAGGGCAAGCUAUCGCUAGGUCCGAUCAUUCACACUGCUCGCGUUUAUAUCGGAGGACGGAGGCUUCCUCCAAUUGACCCAGUCAACCCAGUCAUUGACAUAUCCUCGUACAUCAGUCCCAGUCAGACAUAUAAGAUCAUAGUGGAAGUGACAACUCCAUUAUUCAAUCGGAUCAAGACGGAUGCAAACCAAACUAAGAUUGCCGGGUCGACAGCGGGAGAGCUACAGCCGCUGUAUGCUAGUACGCCGUAUCAGGAGUACGGUUUGAUGGGGCCGGUGGUGUUGACGUGGAGCAUUAGCACAUGA